AUGGCGGAAAUCAGAGCUGCGGACGAGUACGGAGAUGGGGUUUCCUGGUUCAGGGGCUCCAUCAUCGGAAAAGGAGCUUUCGGGACUGUCUAUUUAGCCACUCUCAAGAACCCCACAUCAAAAUACAGCUCCUUCCCCUCACUAAUGGCGGUCAAAUCGGCCGAGGUUUCUCUUUCCGGCUCGAUUCAGAAAGAAAGGGAAAUUCUCGGCAACCUCAAGGGCUGUCCCUCCAUAAUCAAAUGCUUCGGCGAGGAGACGACAGUCAGCCCUAACGGCGCCAUGGUUUACAACCUGCUGCUCGAGUACGGCUCCGGCGGAACCCUAGCCGGCCGGAUCAGGACAUCCAACGGCGGCCAGGGGCUGCCGGAGCACGAGGUCAGGUCCUUUACGCGGUCAAUUCUAAAAGGUCUGAGCCACAUCCACGGGCUUGGCUACGUCCACUGCGACUUAAAGCCCAGCAACAUACUUCUCGUGAACAGAGGCCGCCAGUUCCGGGCCAAAAUUGGGGAUUUCGGGCUGGCCAGGCGAGCCGGGCUUUGCCAGAAGAGGAAACUCGGGCCCUACUUGCGGGGCACGCCCACGUACCUUUCCCCCGAGGCCGUGCUCGAAAACGAGCAGGAAGGGCCAAGCGAUGUGUGGGCCCUCGGCUGCAUCGUGCUCGAGAUGCUGACCGGAAAACCUCCGUGGGCCUCGCCGGAAAACGAGCCGAGUGCUCGGGAGAUUAUUGCAAGAGUCGGGGUUGGCCGGGAAGUGCCUAGGGUUUCGGGUGGGCUUUCGAAGGAGGCCCGUGAUUUUCUAAAGGGUUGUUUUGUUCGGAGGCCCGAGUUUCGACUGACGGCUGAGAUGCUAUUGAAUCACCCGUUUGUGGAUUGUGAGGAUUGUGAGGAAGUUGAUGAGGUGGAGGAUGUGGAUGAGUUUGAGUCGAUUUUGUUUGUCUCUGAUAGUGAUGAUGAGUUGGUUACUUUCGACUCGAGUGGUUAUUGGUCGGGAGAUGAAAAUGAGAUCAUUUUGUCGGGUAUUUCGGAGGAAAGGGAGUUGGGAGUUAUGGAAAAUGGAGGAUUAAGGGGCUCUGAUGUUGAUGUUGAUGUCGAGUUUGGUCGGCCGAAGAAGAAGUUGAAAGAGAUCGCGAGUCGAGUUUAUCCGGUUAGUUUUAAGGUGCCUGCAGGUGUUUAG